AUGGAGGCAGAGCAUAGCCGGCCGGCCGAUGGGGAGCGGUCUGGUGGACAACAGCAGCCUCUUUCUGAAUCUUCACUUAGGAGUAGGUUGGCUCUGCCACAGGAACAGGCUACCUCACAACCAAUCCAUGGAUCACAUGGCCGCCAUCAACAUAGACAGCCAAAACGAAGUGAUAUGCUCCAAAGACAGCAGCAACAGCAGUCUCAGGUGCGGGAAUCAUCCUGGCAACUUCCAGAUGUCCCAGGUGCCUCAAGAGGUAGAUACUCUUCAUCCCGUCUUGAAUCCUCUACCCAAGCUUCUCAUGCUCAGAGGACUCCAUCGCAGCCCAGUCAGGUAGUACAGGAAGGUACCCCUUCUAGACGGGAACGUAGGCCUCAAAAGCCAGGGAAAUAUGUGUGUACAUACUGUGGCCGACCAUGUGCAAAGCCCAGUGUCCUCCAAAAACACAUCCGCUCUCAUACGGGAGAGAGACCUUAUCCUUGCGUCCCUUGCGGCUUCUCUUUCAAAACUAAAAGUAACCUGUAUAAACAUCGAAAAUCACACGCCCAUCGGAUAAAAGCCGGCCUGGCAUCUAGCCGUGAAGAGCACAGUUUUAGUGGAGCUGAGAGCGGAACAGUGGGAGAUGAACAAGAAGAAGCAACAGAAGCAGAAAGCACAGAUUCCGAGGAUGAGACUGGUCAGCGUCGACCAUCUACCUCUCAGGACAGGCCAGCUCUGAGGAAAAGCUCCAAAGUUGAAAUGUCAUUCUCAGAAGAAGGACCAAGAACAGAGGACUCCCAAGCAGUCAAACAGAGAUUAGCUAUGCGACUCAGUGAAAGGAAACGAGUUCCCAUAAUCUCACCAGACGAGACCCCAUCAUCCUCACUGGGUCCUGGUAGUAAAGGUAGCACUGAAUCUGGCUACUUUUCUAGCUAUGGGAGUGCUGAGCUUUCCCAGGUGAGCCCUCCCAAUGCCAAUGCUAAAUCUUAUGCUGAAAUUAUUUUAGGAAAGUAUGGACGAUUGGGUCAACAGCAAAGGGUUCCACACCAACAUCUUCAGUCAUCAUCUUCUUCAACAUCUUUAGGUCAAGAGGAAAAAUCUAUUCCUUUCACUGUGCCUAAGACACAAGUCAUUGAGCACAUUACAAAGUUAAUCACUAUAAAUGAAGCUGUAGUUGACACAAGUGAAAUUGACAGUGUCAAACCAAGGCGUUCUUCUCUCUCCAGGAGAAGUAGCAUUGAGUCCCCUAAGUUUUCUUCACCCAAAGAUCCUUGUGUUUUUGAUCCAAAGGGAGAUGUUCCAGGCCCCAGUGGCAGUAGUGGACAAAUUAUUCUUAGUGGCUUUGCUACUGAAAGGCAGCAUUCACAACUGGUUGAAGACACACUUGCUGGUCAGUGUUCCAGUGCUGUUCUUCUAAGAAGUCAAUCAGUGCCAACCUCUGGUGGCCAAGAUGACACAACUAGUACAUCUUCACACAGCUUUCGACUCAGCCACUCUUUCGAUGAACAGCAGGCUGCAGCUGCGGAGAUGAGGGUCGGUCAUCAUCAUCGAAUGUUAAGACGCCAGCCUGCAAUUGAGAUGCCAAUUGGAGCUGACCUUGUUGCAGAAGCAGGUCCCUCUACUUCUACUCUGGUUGAAUCAGGGUGGAAGUGUGAGAUAUGUGGAACUCUCUUCAAAAAGCAGGACUGUUAUGCAGCCCACAGAGUUGCCUGCAUGCAUAAACCUUCACAUGAUCAAAGUGAGAAGGAAGGUAGUGCUGUACGAGAAGAUCGCCCACAAAUGAUGCACUAUAAGUUCAAGGCAAUGGCUAUGGCUGUUCGAAAAAGGAGAAAAGAAGAAAGUCUUGAAGAGGACCCUCCCAGUCCAGGUCCAGCAGCUGUCUCCUUUAACAUACAGUCCACUACAUCAAUGAUUGGCACUCAAGGUGAUUUUAAGGGCUUCUCAGGCCCUCCCUCACAAACCGAGCUGGAAAAAAUGGGUCCUUUUAAAGAAAUCUCUGUAAUCCAGCACACUAGCUCCUUUGAAAAACAAGAAAGCAUGUCUAUAGAGAGUCAAGAAUCAGAACUUGAACAUGAACAAUCACAGGAGCCUAAACAAACAUCCACAUCCAGGUUAGUUCGACAACCCAACAUUCAAGUGCCAGAGAUUCUGGUGACAGAGGAACCAGAUACUGAGAUGGUUUCACCCCCAGCAAGUACAUGUGUCCCCAAAGAAUUAGAAAAGGAAGAGUUCCAAUGGCCUCAGCGCAGUCAAAGUCUGGCUCAGCUUCCUGCAGAGAAGCUGCCACCAAAGAAGAAACGUCUCCGUUUGGCAGAGGCAGCCCAGUCAUCAGGAGAAUCUAGUUUUGAAUCAGUCUCUCUGCCACGCAGCCCUAGCCAAGAGAGUAAUGUUUCCCAUACCUCCAGCCGAUCUGCUUCUUUUGAUGAAUCAGGAAAGACUGACUCUGAGAUGCAUAUUGGUACAUGGAGCUCCCAAGGGUCUCACAUGCUAACUGUACCAGGUCCUUAUCAGCACCAUCAUUCUCACAGGGAAAUGCGGCGCUCUGCCUCAGAGCAGGCUCCUGCAAGUCCGCCACAUCCUGCCCAAAUAGUGGAGACUAGAAGCAAGUCAUUUGACUAUGGAUCCCUGUCCCCAAAACCUACUUCAGCCUCUUGGAAGGAGAGGCGGAAAUGUCUCUUGGUAAAGCAUGCAACUCUUGGGAAGCCUGACCAGGAGGAGCCACUUUCUAGUUUACAAAGUAAUCCAAUUGUAUGUCGAUCCUACCCUCCAAUUGUAUGUCAGUCCUAUCCUGACCACCCUGGACUCUCAAUUGAUGAGCACAGAACGAGCAACAUAUUCUACCCCCUCACUAGUCCAGAUACUUUUUCCCCACGGCAGCUCACUAGAUUCCUGCCAGUCACAACAACAACAUCUGAAGUUCUUUCUACUCAUAUGUUUCAACAGGCCCUCAUACAUACAGUACCAUCUCCACUUCAUCCAAGACAGUUUCAUUUACCAGAGCACUUAGUCCUUCCGGUUCAACCUUUCCCAACUUUGCUCCCUUUGCAGUACUCUUCAAGUGGUCUAACAAUUCGGGUCCCCUCUGGCCCACCUGUCAGGGAAUCAAGAACAUCUCCUCACCUUGUACAUAGUCCAAGUUCCUCAUAUCAUCAGCUUGUUACACACCAUCAGCCUCGCCCCAUCAUUGCUACAUGCCUUGAGCAGCUUACACCAGUGGUGUCCCUUGUGGUCCCUGUGCGCUUACAGACUCAGAUUUCUAAUUAUGGUAGCGCCAUGUAUACAACCAUCUCACAAAUUUUAGCAACAACACGGUCUCAGCAGCCAAUUUGCUGUACAGCCAUGGUCAUAAUGGGAAAGCUAGAGGGCAGCAAGCUUCAACGAUCCUACCUGAGGCUCCCCACUCCUGACUUCAAGACUGGCAUUCCUAUGUCUCUGCCUCUAGAGUUUGGAUCAGAAAGCGCAUCUGAUGAAAGCUCUGGACCACUGGUUGCUGGAGGAAGUAAAAGAAUGCUUUCCCCUGCAGGCAGUCUAGAACUCACCUUAGAGGCACAGCGGCAACAGAAACGAGUCAAAGAGGAAGAUGAGGAAGAAGAAGAAGAAGAAAGGAGAGAAAAAGAUACAAAACAUAGUGAGAAGGCUCAGGAAGAGAGUCAAGUGCCAGACAAGGAGGCUCUAACUGUUGGGAUAGAGUGGAGAAAACAAGAGAGGGAAGUGAAAAAAACAGAGGAGUUACAGGCAUCUGUGAUGAACAAGCAAGAGGUUGUCCAGGUGGAAACUGAACCAUUCAAAAAAGAAGAAGGAGAGGAAGAGAGCCACAGAUGUGUAUCAGUGUUUGAGAUUAACGAGAGAUCUAGAGACCCCUUAUACCCCAGCCUUCACACUUCCACAUCAGUGAGCUGGUGCUACCUAAAUUACACCAAGCCUAACCCAACUGCACACAGAAGUCCACAAACAUCAGUAUAUUCUUCAUGGAGUGUCAGCAUGUAUAAUCCCAACCUGCCUGGUUUGACCACAAAAAUGGUACUGUCUCUGCUGUGUUCUAAACAAACAUAUAGCUCAGAGAUGUAUACCAUGGCCACAGCUCCACCUGUCACCACUGAGAAAUUGGUUCCUGCUAGCAACAAAAAGCCCAUGGUAUCAGAGGUAUGUGCCAAACCACCCAGCACAUCUGACAAAGUGAAAGAGGAGCCUGUGAGUAAGAGGGUCGAAAAAGAGGAGAAAAGUGCAGAGGAGUCUGCAACCACCUCCCAGCAGAGUGAGGCACCUCGUAUUUGCAUCUUUGAAGGAGGGUACAAGUCCAACGAGGAAUAUGUGUAUGUGAGGGGGAGGGGGAGGGGGAAGUAUGUGUGUGGUGAGUGUGGGAUUCGCUGCAAGAAGCCCAGCAUGUUAAAGAAGCACAUCCGCACUCACACAGAUAUCCGCCCCUAUGUCUGUAAGCACUGCAACUUUGCCUUCAAAACCAAAGGGAACCUCACUAAACACAUGAAGUCAAAGGCGCAUGGUAAGAAAUGCCAGGAGAUGGGAGUGUCUCAAUCCAUAGAUGAGCUGGAAGCUGAGGAAGCAGGGACCAGUGAGGAGCAAGUAUAUGAAUCAGAGGAUCAGGAGGAGCACCAGUUCUCUGAUGUUGAAGACUCUGAGGAUGAAGAUGAUGACAACGAGGAGGAUGAGGAGGAAGUGUCCUCCCAUGAUGAACCUCCUUCAUCCUGCUCCACUGACACUCGUCACUCAGACAGUGCUCAGGCUGACCUGCCCACCCCCACCGCUCCAGAGAGAGAGAACCACCCCUCUCCAUGCCGUGCAUGGAGCAGUGGGCGUGCUGCAUCGCCAGGCAGCAAGAGGGCGCUGUUCUCCCGCAAGGGCUGGGAACUUUCUCCCAGGGCUUUCUCUCCUGUAAGUGAGGGGUCACCUCUCAGGAGUCUGUCCCCCAGACUUGAGCUCUCCUCACCCAGUCGACAUCUCUCUUCCUCCCCAGAGAGAGGUCCUUCUCCUAUAAGAGCCUCUCCAGUCAGGCCUCUCUCUCCUCUCCGGCCGCUUUCCCCUGCCCGCUAUAGGAGCUCCAGAGCUAAUGUCUCACCAUCGCCACUCAGAGCCCAGCACAGACCCCAGCACAGACCCCACAGCUCCCCUGGACAGUUCCACUGGGACUCCAGCACUCAGGCCAGAGAGAGCCAGCAGGAGAGGCCUGGUACUCCUGGUACUUCGCAGACUCCACAGAGGCUGAGCCCUUCACAUCCCAGCUUCUUACCACCAGCCCUGCGCCUCUCUCACACUGAUCCCUCACUCCACCUGCCAGUCACGCCACAAACUCUGGACCGCAUGUUUAGCCACCUCCCAUUACACUCCCAGGACCAGGCCCGCAUGCCUUACCAUAUGAUCCCUAUUGGAGGAAUCCAGAUGGUGCAACUUAGGCCGAGAACUCGUCCCAAACUGGAACGAAGUUUAUCUUCCACCCCAUCACCCACCUCUCCCAACGAGGAUGCCCCUUUCUUCCUGGGCAGGAGGGAUGCACCAUGGAGCCUACACCCUGAAACAAGCCAGCAAAGCACUCUGGCAUUUAGCGAGACACAGAGCAUGGAGAGAGGAACUGGGCCAUCAGGGCUGAAAGGUCCUGUUAGCAGAUCCACAUCAGCCAAGUCAUCUCUACAAUACGGCAAUGGGGAGCAGUUGGACAAGGACAGAAAGCAAUAUGGCAGCUCACGGCCCUCCAAGGCUCAUACCAUUGUUCCUCAGACAUCUCAAGAAGUGGGCCAAGAUAACAGUAAAGGCACAGAAAGGACCCCUGGCUUUGGUGAGAAGGAGGAAAGAGCCUCCUCACAUAGAACUAAACAGCUUUCUGAACUAGAGUCCGAGGAGAGUGCAGGAGAUAAAUCUGUCUGCCCAGGUCAGAGCCAAGAAAGCAACCCAGACAGCACUUAAUAGCCUUUGUGCUCAAUGUCAAAAUGCUCUUGAUUGCUACUAUUAUUAUUAUUAUUAUUAUUGUUCCUUUUGUUUUGUAAUGCUAUUGUUUUUUUAUACAAAUUUUCAAUACUGUUGGUAACUUGGUAAUGUUUGUUUUUGCAAUAUUCAAGAUUGUAAUAAGAUGCACUUUUUUUGUUUGGACAAAACAAUGUUUCUGUAAAUCUAUUACUUCUCUCUCACCUGUAUCUUUACUGACAUUACAAUCAAUCUUAAGGUAUCUAUUUGAAUAUGUAUAUGAUAAAAUACUUGUUAAAAUUAACUAUGAAUAAAUUUAUAAAUGACCAAGGUGAAUACUUAAACCGAGAGUAAUUCCAAUAUCUUGUCCCUUGUUCAGUAUUACUCAAAAUAUAGUAACGUGUGCCUUUUCUGUCAGAAUUUAUUGCUUGAAGUGUAGACAAAGAUGAAAGGCUGUGAAUUCUUUUAUUAAUAUAUGAUUUGUUUUGUCUUUUGGUGGAGCUGGUGUUAGCAAAAUUGGAAGGUGUUUUUUUUUUUCUCAAGUCAGGGUAAAAGUAAAGAUGUUUGUACUGAAGUCAGCUGAAGGAGUGGAGAGAGUUUUGCAAAGAAAUUGCACUGAAGUCAUAUUUUUUAUAUACAAAAAGAAAUGAAUUAUGUCUGUACAGAUGAGAAAUCUAUGGUCCAUAUUUAUUGCCGUGUGGAAAUAUGAAAAUGUUUUACGUUUUGUUUACUUUAGUUUUUGAAAUAAUUUUUAUUGCAAUUUUUAUUCUUUACACUGUUGUUUAGUACUUUUCUGUUACGUUCUGAAGACUUGAAUUAAAGAAACUGGACAGGGUGAUGGUGAAGUUAGUCAACAGCUGCAGGGUUGGGUGGAUCAAAAGCCUUCCGAAUUUGUCACAGAUACCUAUAAUUUCUGAACCAAUAAAGGUGCACAAGAAAUGA